AUGCCGCCCACCAAGCUCCCCGAGUCGGGGAAUCCGCUCGUCUUCUUCGACAUCACCCUUGGCGGCGAGCCUCUGGGCCGCAUCACUUUUGAGCUCUUUGCCGACGUCGUCCCCAAGACGGCCGAGAACUUUCGCCAGUUCUGCACGGGCGAGAGCAAGAAUGGUGCCGGUCGACCGCAGGGCUACAAGGGCUCCAAGUUCCACCGCAUAAUUCCCAACUUCAUGUGCCAAGGUGGCGACUUUCUCCACGGCGACGGCACCGGCUCAACCUGCAUCUGGGGCUUCAAGUCCUUUGAGGACGAGACCUUUACCCUCAAGCACGACCAGCCCUUUCUCCUCUCCAUGGCGAACGCCGGCCCCAACUCCAACGGCAGCCAGUUCUUCAUCACCACCGUGCCCACCCCCUUCCUCGACGGCAAGCACGUCGUCUUUGGCAAGGUCGCGGACGGCGUCGACGUCGUCAAGAAGAUGGAGGCGACCAAGACGGGCUAUCGCGGCAAGGACGUGCCCAACAUGGACGUGGUCGUGUCGCAGUGUGGAGAGAUGUAG